AUGUUUAUUCAUCUAUGUUCUGACGUAGAUAUAGGACGUCGAUCCGUUGAUGGCGAUGAGUCUGUGGCGCUGUCCUCCAUGACAGGGGAGAGGUCCGGUGCUCGGACAGUCCGAGAUGCCGUAAGGUCCCACUAUUUCGGUCCUCCACUCCGUCCGGCCUUCAAGUCAAUGUGUAUCAUGACGGAAUUCCAGGGCCGGACGCGGGACAACAACGACCUGUCUGAUGAACCUGAGUACGAAGGGGAAAUCCACGACUUGGCGCGCAGGUUUACGAGUCAAUCUGCUGCAUCGGGUCAUGGGCCAUUGUUCCCCUUGAGUGAUGGCGGUCCCCUUGAUCCGCAGAGCCCCCAUUUCAACUCCAAGAAAUGGGCCAAGGCCUAUCUCAAGACCCGGACCGAAACUGCUGAUGGUAGUACUCCUCGCACUGCCGGUAUCGCGUUCAAGAACCUCAAUGCAUACGGCUUUGGCCAAGCGACCGACUUCCAGAAUACUCUGACCAACAUCGUCCUCAAGGCUUCGAGUUUCGCCAGGAAGAUAUUUGGGGACAAGGGUCAGCGCAUUGAUAUCCUCCGUGGUAUCGACGGGUACGUCGAAGCUGGAGAGAUGCUAUGUGUUCUAGGCCCUCCAGGCUCGGGCUGUUCAACCCUGCUUCGCAGUAUUGCAGGCGAGACCCACGGCUUUCACUUCGGCAACGAUACAGUCUUGAACUACCAGGGCAUCCGGCCCGAGCAGAUGAAGAAAGCCUAUCGAGGCGAAGCCAUCUACACGGCCGAAGUCGAUCACCAUUUCCCGCAUCUUACCGUCGGCGAUACCCUUUACUUCGCCGCCCGCUGCCGAUGUCCUCCAAAGGACAAGCUUCCUCCUGGUGUCACAGCGCGAGAGUAUGCUGAGCAUCUUCGCGAUGUUAUCAUGGCUAUGUUUGGCAUUUCACAUACCAAGAACACUCGAGUUGGUGAUGACUACGUCCGUGGUGUCAGUGGCGGCGAGCGCAAGAGAGUCACCAUCGCCGAGGCUGCCCUGGGAUAUUCCCCUCUACAGUGCUGGGACAACAGCACACGCGGUCUCGAUAGCGCCAACGCCGUUGAGUUCUGCCGUGUCUUGCGAACCCAAGCUGAUACCCUCGGUAUUGCCUCUUGCGUCGCAAUCUACCAAGCGCCUCAGAGUGCCUAUGAUCUAUUUGACAAGGUCAUUGUCCUGUACGAGGGCCGUCAGAUCUACUUCGGAAGGACGGACAAGGCCCAAGCCUACUUUGAGAACCUCGGCUUCAUUUGCCCCGAGCAACAGACAACAGCCGACUUCCUCACUUCGAUGACCAACCCAGCCGAGAGAAUAAUCCGCCCCGGCGCCAAUCCACCUCGAACUUCGGACGAGUUUUCCCGGGCCUGGCAGCAAAGCCAGCAACAGUCUAGACUUAUCGACGAGAUCGACUACUAUAUGGAACAACAUCCCUUCGAUGGACAUGAUCUUCAAAAGUUCUCCAAAUCCCGAAGGCUCGAUCAAGCCGCGGCUCAGAGGGAACGGUCUCCCUUCAACCUCUCCUAUCUACAACAAUACACCAUCAACCUCUGGCGAGGCUUCACUAUGUUGAUCGGAGACCCUAGCAUCACUCUCACCAUGCUUAUCAGCAACCUAUUCGAGGGACUGAUUAUUUCGAGUAUUUUCUACAACCUGCCUUUCAACACCACAAGCUUCUUCCGUCGAACCAUUCUGCUAUUCUUCAUCGUCCUCAUCAACGCGUUCUCGAGCAUCCUCGAGAUCAUGACUCUGUAUGCAAAGCGAAAGGUUGUUGAAAAGCAGUCUCGAUACGCUUUUUACCAUCCGAGUGCCGAAGCCCUGUCAGCAAUGGCCACUGAUCUCCCGUACAAGGUCGUCAACUCAAUUCUUCUCAAUUGCACGCUAUACUUCAUGUGCAACCUGCGUCGCGAACCGGGUCCAUUCUUCGCUUUCCUUCUUCUCUCAUUCUCUAUCACUCUCUGUAUGUCGAUGAUGUUCCGCUUCAUUGGCUCUGCAACCAAGUCCAUUUCCCAGGCCCUGGCCCCUGCCUGCAUCAUCCUGUUGGCUUUGGUCUUAUACUCAGGAUUCGCGAUCCCUCCCGCUUAUAUGCAGAACUGGCUUGGUUGGAUCCGAUGGGUGAACCCUGUAUAUUAUGGCCUGGAGAGCGUGUUUUUAAUCGAGUUUGUUGGUCAACAGUUCCCCUGCUCAGACUUUGUCCCGCAUGGUCCUGGUUACGAGAACUUAGGCAACGGCGAAUACGUUUGCAAUGUGCCCGGAUCUGUACCCGGCCAAUCAUUCGUCAAGGGUGAGGAUUACUUGAAGGCCUCAUUUGGCUUCGUCAACAGCCACCGAUGGAGGAACUUUGGCAUCAUCAUCGCCUGGACUGUGUUCUUUAUGGCUCUUCAUCUUUGGACUACCGAGUAUGUCGCUUCGGAGCACUCAAAAGGCGAAGUGUUGGUCUUUCUCCGGGAGGCUAUGCACAAGGUAUCUGGUAAGCGGGUCAGCGAUGAAGAGUCGGGUGUUCCUACGCCUACAGGAAAACAAGAGGUAUCUGGUUCUUCGAGUGAGAAGGUCGAGGUCGAGAAGCAAACGUCCGUCUUCCAUUGGAAGGAUGUCUGCUACGACGUCAAGAUCAAGAGCGAGACGCGCAGGAUUUUGGAUCAUGUCGAUGGUUGGGUCAAGCCUGGAACCUUGACGGCUCUCAUGGGUGUCUCGGGUGCCGGUAAAACCACUCUUCUCGACGUCCUCGCCAGUCGGGUGACAAUGGGUGUUGUCUCCGGUAAUAUGCUUGUUAAUGGUCACUCUCGCGACUCUUCCUUUCAGAGGAAGACGGGCUAUGUGACUCAGCAGGAUCUGCACCAGGCCAGUUCAACGGUACGAGAAGCGCUACGAUUUAGUGCUAUGCUUCGGCAGCCAGCGAAGUACUCCAAGCAAGAACGACUGGACUACGUCGAGACUGUCCUUUCGCUCCUCGGGAUGGACGCCUAUGCAGAUGCCAUUAUCGGUGUCCCAGGAGAAGGCCUCAAUGUUGAACAGCGCAAGAGACUUACGAUCGCUGUUGAGCUUGUCGCACGUCCGCAGCUUUUACUCUUUCUCGAUGAGCCGACUUCUGGACUCGACAGUCAGACUUCCUGGUCUAUCUGCGACUUGAUGGAGCAAUUGACCAAGAGUGGUCAAGCGAUAUUGUGUACCAUUCAUCAGCCCUCUGCUAUGCUUUUCCAACGAUUUGACCGCCUACUUCUGCUCGCGAAGGGGGGAAAGACUGUCUAUUUUGGUCAAAUCGGUGAGAAUUCGCAGAUCUUGAUGGACUACUUCACUCGCAACGGAGGCCCGCCUCUACCACCCAAGGCCAACCCAGCAGAGCAUAUGCUUGAAGUAAUCGGGGUGGCACCGGGUACUCAUACUGAUGUAGAUUGGCCAGCCGCAUGGAGACAGUCUGCAGAGUACAGGGCAGUGCAAGAGGAGCUCGAAUCUCUUAAGGCGUCACACCCAUCGCCUACACCUACAUCAGGCGGCGCUGACCCCUCCGAGUAUAACGAGUUUGCUUCUCCUCUAUCUACACAGUUAUGGGAGGUCACGAAACGCCUUUUUAUUCAGUACUGGAGAAGCCCGGGUUAUAUGUACUCCAAGGCCAUUCUCACAGUCGGCGCAUCCUUGUUUAUCGGACUUUCUGUUAUGAAUGGCGAAAAUACAGUCCGCGGUCUUCAGAAUCAGAUGUUUGGUGUAUUCAUCUUCUUGACCAUCUUUUCGCAGGUCGCUGAACAAAUGAUGCCCGCCUUUGUAGAGCAGAGGACUCUUUACGAGGCUCGUGAGCGUCCCGCAAAGACAUACUCUUGGCAGUCAUUCAUGUUUGCCAAUCUGACAGUCGAGAUCGUCUGGAACUCGUUCAUCGGUAUCUUUGCCUUCAUAUGCUGGUAUUUCCCCAUCGGCCUCUACCGCAAUGCUGAGUACACGAACGAGGUCCAUUCUCGUGGCAUCACCAUCUUCCUUCACGUCUGGAUGUUCUUCCUACUCGCUUCGUCUUUCGCCCACAUGAUCAUCGCCGGACUUCCCAACGCUGAUACUGCAGGUGGUGUCAUGAACCUGCUGUUUAUCAUGAUGUUCGCAUUUUGCGGCGUCCUCGCUGGCCCUGAUGCUCUGCCCGGUUUCUGGAUCUUCAUGUACCGCGUCAAUCCUUUCACAUACGUGGUAGAGGGUUUCCUCGGCACGACUCUUGCCAAUGCGCCUGUUACUUGUGCCGACAACGAGAUCUUGGAGUUCAAGCCUGCGAAUGGUACAUGUGAGGAGUUUCUGUCGGAUUACAUGUCCAAUAUGGGCGGAUAUCUUGUUGGUAAGAGUUCAGGCAGCAAAACUCAGUGUCAAUACUGUCCUAUGGCAGAUACCAAUGCCUUCCUGCAGGGGAUCAAUGUUAGUUUCGACAACCGCUGGAGAGACUUUGGGCUACUUUGGGUUUACGUUGUCUUCAACUGUGUGGCUGCAAUUGCUAUCUACUGGUUGGCUCGCGUCCCUAGGAAGAGGAAGAACAAAAAGGAAUAA